AUGCCAACUAAUAAUGGCAGACAGCAAAGCAAAAAGCUAAAAGAAAAUGUGGGAUUUCUUACUAAUAAUCCCGCCUUUGUGGAACCCACCACAGAAGUGAAGGCCUCAUUAUUUUGCCUGCUUUUAUCUUCACUUUCUUCCCUUUUUUGCUAUUCUAUCCACAACAUUCUUUCUUCUUCACUGUUUUUAUCAAGCAUCCAGUCAAGUUAUAGCAGUUUGCUUUGUAAGAUAGUCAAGGGAGUGAACUUCACUGCUUCAUUUUCAGUUCUAACCUCUCAACACCUUUCAGCCAGUAGGGACAUAGCAAUGGAGUAUGUAGAGCCUAUUCUUGGCAUUGCAAAUUGUCUUGGAACUCCUGCUUGUAAAUACUUGCAAUAUCACAGAAAGCUCAAUGAUUAUGUGAGAAACUUCAAGAGGAUGAGAGAUGAGUUGAAUUGCAAAAUGGAAGAUAUAGAGCUGCAAUUGAAAGCAGAGCUUCUUCGUCCUCUGGGGAAGAUACCGAAGAAGGGAGUUGAAAUUUGGUUGAAAGCUGUGAAAGAGAUGAUUAGGGAAGCACAAGUUGUUGAAAACAAAGUCAGUAACGGAAGAUAUCUCUGCCGUGCUUGCAACGGGAAGCUGGUUGAUGAAAAGACAGGAGAAAUGAAGAAAUUUCUUGAUAACGCUCCUAAUGCCUCUGAAGGUCUUGCCACGGAUGGUCCAAGUGCUGGGUUGCCACUGCCAACAUCAGAACUAGUUGGAGAAGAAGCUGUCAGAAAUGAGAUUUGGGCAUGUUUGAUGCAGGAGGAGGUGAGCAAGAUUGGGGUUUGGGGGAUGGGCGGUGUGGGUAAAACCACUAUCAUGAAGCACAUCCACAAUGAUCUUUUGAAAGAACAAAGAUUCGAAAGGGUAAUAUGGGUUACCAUAUCAAAGGAGUUCAAUGUCAUGAAGGUACAAGAUGAUAUUGCAGGUGCUUUGAAGUUGAAGGAAGAUUGGCCCAGAGAAGGAGACAAGCUCAGACGAGCAGCAAUCUUGUUAGAAAUGCUGAAGAACGCAGGAAAGCAUGUUCUAAUCUUAGAUGAUGUGUGGGAUAAAGUCUCUGUAGUGGAAGUUGGGAUCCCCGAGCCUAGUGGCGGCAAUGGCUGCAAGUUGGUAGUGACAACCCGUUCGGAGCAUGUCUGUAAGUAUAUGGGUUGUAAGGUGAUAAAAGUGAAGCCCCUUUCAGAAGAAGAGGCAUUGAUACUAUUCUUGAAUAAAGUUGGACCUAACAUAGUUCAAAGUCCAACUAUAAUGCCAACUCUGAAGCUUGUUGUCAAGGAAUGUGCGGGUCUACCUCUUACAAUUAUCGUGGUAGCUGGAACCAUGAAAGGAGAAUAUAGCCCUCGUAUUUGGAAAAAUGCACUCAAAGAUUUGAAAGAUAGAAUAGGGAAAGUGGAAGGAGUGGAAGCUGAGGUAUUCGAGCGCUUGAAAUUCAGUUUCGAUCACUUGAAAGAUGAGAAAGUAAAAGAUUGCUUCUUGUAUUGUGCAUUAUAUCCUGAAGAUUAUGAAAUUCAUAAGGUUGAACUAAUCGAGUGUUGGAUUGCUGAGAUAUUCAUAGACGAGAUGGACACAAGACAAGAAAUGGAAGAUAAAGGCCUUUCUAUUUUGAAAAGGUUGGAAGAUAACUGCUUGUUGGAAAAUAUUACCACUCAAUUUGGUUUACAUGGUAUAAAGAUGCAUGACGCAGUGAGAGACAUGGCAUUGUCGAUCACAAGAAUGAAUCCUCGAUAUAUGAUACAAGCAGGUUUGCAAUUAGAAGAGUUACCAGAAAAGGAGCAAUGGAGUCCGGAUAUUGAGAAAGUGUCACUUAUGUAUAACUCCAUAUCAGAAAUUUCCAUAGAUGUAUUGCCCACAAAAUGUCAACUGCUCACAACCUUGUUAUUGCAGAACAACCCUAUAAAGAAUAUCUCAAUUUCUUUCUUCACAAACAUGCCUUGUCUUAGUGUUCUCAAUUUGUCUUUUACAAAGAUCGAGAGUUUACCAAAUUCCAUCUCUGAACUAAAGAACCUCACAACAUUGUUGCUUCGUGGCUGUUAUCAAAUAAGAGAUCUGCCAUGUCUUUCGAUGCUUCAAGAAUUGAAGAAGUUGGAUCUUUGUGGGACUAAAAUUGAGGAAGUCCCUGAAGGAAUGGAUAUGCUGAUAAAGCUAAGAUAUCUUGAUCUUCAAGUGGGCACUCUGAAAGAGAUACCCGCUGGACUUUUACCAAAACUCGUUCACCUUCAGCACUUGAGUUUUAAUGUGGUCAAUGAAAAAACAAGUCUAAAAGCAGAGGAGAUGGAACCAUUGAAGAAGUUGGAAUGCUUCACCGGACGUUUCGAAUACAUCAGUGAAUUCAAUAAGUUCAUCUCCUCAGUGCAAAAAAGUAAGAAAAAUCUCAUCAAGUACCAUUUACAUAUGGGCUCAUCUAUUAUGCCUGCUGCAAGAGAUAAAACAGUAACAAUUGGAGGAGUCCAGAAUUGGGAAGGUGAUUUAAUUAUGCACCCAAUUGAAAUUCAACAGUUGAACAUUGUAAAGUGCCACUAUUUGAGAAACUUAGUCGAUGAUAAUUCUUCCUUGAAAAAUGCGAUUGACUUGAGGAUUUAUGAUUGUAAAGGGAUAGAGUGUGUUGUUUCCCUGUCCGCUUUUGCCUCUUCUUCUGCUCAUCCACUUCAGAGCCUCGAGAUAUUGGAUCUUCGUGAUCUGCCAAAGUUGAGUGCCCUUAUUAUGAAAGAUGCAGGAAUUGGUUCAGCAACAACAUCAACAUUGGCUCCGUCUACCACCUUUUCCCAUCUUAAGGAAAUUGAUGUACAGAGAUGCUCAAGUAUGAAGACGUUGCUUCCACAUUGGUUGCUUCCAAACCUCCAAAACCUGGAACAAAUUUGGGUGUCAGAAUGUGAUGAGAUAGUAGAAAUAUUGGGAGCAGCAACAUCAGAAGUUGAAGAAAAAAGGGGUGAUGCAUUAAUCCAAUUCCAUCUUCCCAAAUUGAGAGUGUUGGCAUUCCGGAAAUUACCAAAUUUGAAGAGCAUUUGUAGCAAAAGUGGAGUGAUGAUUUGUGAUUCUCUCAAGUUAAUCGCUGUUAUUAGAUGUGAUAAACUGAAGAGAAUUCCUCCAUUUGUUCCCCUUGUUGGCAAUGGGCAGCCAUUUGCAUAUGCUCCACCUUCUCUUACCAUCACGUCAUGGAAAGAAUGGUGGGAAUCGUUGGAGUGGGAUGACCAUCCAAAGUAUAAAAAUGUUCUUCGCUUUAACCCCCCGUCGAGGAUAAGAGGUCUAAUUUCUCCAUAUUAAUAAAAUUUGAUGUAUAUUUGUGAUGAUGUUGAAGAGAAAGAUGGAAUGAUGGAAGUAGGGUUGUUGGAAAGAAGUAGGGGGGAGGAUAGUGCAAAAGAGAGGAGAAAAGGAAUGAUGGAAGAGCAUGGAGGCUGAGAGGCAAAGUGCAGAGAUAUAGCUGAAACGAGGAGGAGAAGCGAGCUGCCAAGUGAUCCAAAGCAAGACAAUUUAACUUGACUGCGUUUGGUGUGUUUUUAAAUCAAUAAGGAAGGCAAUGUGGGACUAAUCUAGAGGGUUUUAGACUUUGAACUGUUAAUGAUUUAUUAAUGGACAAUAUGGGUUGUUUAAAAUGGUUUUUAGAACUUUUAAAAUUGGUUCGAAUGAACGCUUUCAAUGGAAGAUUUGAGAAUGCAUGUUAUUGGUUGAA